AUGAACGUCGCACCGUCAGCAACUUCGGGGACCAUGAACAGACUGCCUGGUUCCGGAGGGACAGGCGCUAUGGGCCGCACUAUCGUGGAGACCAUUGUCCGCGACGGAAUUCACAACGUAGUGAUUCUCGCCAGAACAGCCAACCCCGAGAAAGAAGCUGAAAUUGGAGCCCGUAUCAUCUCCGUCGACUACUCGGAUAUCAACCAGCUCCGUAGCACACUGGAGACUUUUUCAAUCAGCACCGUUAUCUCAACGCUCACUUCGUCUCUUGGCAUAGAGUCUGAGCUCAAUCUCAUUCAAGCCGCAAGCAACUUCGACAUUGCAAAGUUUGUCGUCAAAGCUCUGGGUCUGGAUCACUGGGAGAAGGAGAUGUAUUUCAUUGGGGAUAGGUUGACUCUGACCGAGGUCGUGGCUUUGGCAGAAAAGACCAAGGGAGCCAAGUUCAGCGUUACGCACAACUCGAUGGGGAAUUUGCAAGCCGGGGAAGUCUGUGAACUUCCGGCACACAAGGAUUACUACCCUCAUUUGACCUUAGUAGCGUUUCCCUCGAUAUAA